GUGGUACAGCAGCUCAUCCUUCCACAACCACUGAUGGCGGCCGAUCCGAGUGUGGUUGCCGACGAACCUUCGGUCAGGAAAGAACCCAAAAAACCAUCGCCCAUGCGCGACGAACCCGCUAAACAGCAACAAUCCGACGACGGCGAUGAACCGGUCCGUACAUUCCUGAUACCCCGAACCCGAUCCCUACCGGGUUGCCCGCUGUGCGAUGCCUCCGUGUACAGUUACUGCGACGAGAAGGUGUACCACGACGCGUGCUGCUGCGGUUCCAUCAAUGGGGCGGCACCGUUCGGUGGUGGUGGUGGUGGUGGCGGCGGCGCUCCAUUCGGAGGUUUCGGUGGCUUCGGACGGCAGUUCGGCGGGCCGGCUGGAUUUGGCGGUGGCUGUGGCUACAAAGGAUGUUCCUUCCUGUACGCGAACUCGUGCUACGAACAUCAGCUGAUCGUGAACUGUUGCUGCAAUUCGCCCUACUAGCGGAGAGGAAGCGAUCACAUUUUCGGACGCUCGGAUGUUCAGGGUUUUCGGGCUUCCCGGAUGUUCGGAUGGGGCACGGUUUUAGUUGAAGAAUAGUUACUCUGUCAGUUGUCACUUGUUUAAUUUAGCGAAAUUACUUGCUCUUUCCUUUCUUCCCACUCUUCUUGCUUCUUGUUUCCAUUCUAUUAUCACUUACUUGUUCGUAGGGUUAGUUUAAGUUUCGGUUUCACC